CGGGAGCAUCAGCUGGCAACGAGCGGCCGCCUCCCCGGCCUGAGCCAACAGAGCCAGGAUGGCAACGGUGCCUGCAGCAUCCGGAGCCGGUAAAGGGGAGUCGUCGCCUGCGGGACGCCGAGAGCUGUGCUGAGAAGAGUCCUGGAAGCUUGUGACUCCUCCCUUCCGAAGUGAAAGAUGGUUCUGCUACGGCAGUUUGGGUUUCUUCUCUGGAAGAAUUACAUCUUGCAGAAGCGACAGAUUUUGGUCACGAUCAUAGAGAUCUGCCUGCCAUUGUUGUUUGCUGCCAUCCUCAUUGCCCUCCGUCACAGAGUACAGGCGGUUGACCACCCAAAUGCUACCAUCUACCACAGCCUGCCGGUGUCUAAGCUGCCUGCCUCCUCUCAUUGGCACCCACACAACUUGGAGCUAGCCUAUGUCCCCGCUAACAACACGGCUGUGAAGAGCAUCGUGGAGACUGUGGCGAAGGCACUGGAAAUCAAUACCAAAGCUCGAGGCUUCCCUUCUGAGAAAGCCUUUGAAGACUACAUCAGGUUUGACAACCGCUCUGGCAAUAUUCUGGCUGGCAUUGUCUUCGAACACCUCUUAGCUCACAGUCGAGAGCCCCUGCCACUGCAGGUGAGUUACCGACUGCGUUUCAAAUACAGCCCCAGGAAUGCCCCUAGGAGUGAACAGACAGGCCUGAACCCUAACCUGGACCGUGAUUGGCACACCAGCUACCUCUUCCCGCUGUUCCAGUUACCAGGACCCAGAGAACCCAACUUGCAUGAUGGAGGGACACCAGGGUAUUACCGAGAAGGCUUCCUGGCAGUGCAGCAUGCUGUGGACAAGGCAAUCCUACAGUCCCACAUCAACACUUCUGCGGAAGGUCUGCUGGAAAGGUUCAUGGUGGUCAUUCGCCGUUUUCCUUACCCACCCUACGUCAAUGACCUCUUUGUGCUGGCCAUUCAGAACCAGCUUCCCCUGCUGCUCAUGCUAAGCUUCACCUACACCUCGCUCAACAUAGUCCGUGCUGUGGUGCACGAGAAAGAGAAGAAGCUGAAGGAGUACAUGCGAAUGAUGGGCCUCAGUAACUGGCUGCACUGGAGUGCCUGGUUCCUUAUGUUCUUCCUCUUCCUCUUGGUCUCCAACUUCUUUGUCACCAUCCUCUUCUGCGUAAAGGUGAGCAAAGAGGGAGCGGUGCUCACAAAUAGUGACCCCACUCUAGUGUUUACCUUCUUGACAGUCUUCUCCAUCGCAUCCAUCUCCUUCAGCUUCAUGGUCAGCACCUUCUUCUCCAAAGCAAACGUGGCGGCAGCUGCUGGGGGCUUCCUCUACUUUUUCUCCUACAUUCCAUACUUCUUCAUCUCCCCACGCUACGACACGAUGACACACAACCAGAAGCUUUCGUCGUGCCUCAUUUCCAACGUCGCCAUGGCUAUGGGAGCGCAGUUGAUCGGGAUGUUUGAAGGGAAAGGCACUGGGGUGCAGUGGAAGGACCUUCUGAAACCAGUCAGCGUGGACGAUAACUUCACUGUGGCUCACGUCUUAGGGAUGCUACUCCUGGACUCGGUGCUGUAUGGCUUGGUGGCCUGGUACGUGGAGGCCGUCUUCCCAGGAGAGUAUGGCAUCCCACAGCCCUGGUACUUCUUCUUGAUGCCUUCGUAUUGGUGUGGGAGUCCUCAGACAGUGCUGGGAAAGGAGAAAGAAGAGGAGGAAGACCCAGAGAAGGCCCUGAAAAGCCAGUACAUAGAAGAGGAGCCAUCGGACCUUGUUUCAGGGAUAAAAAUUAAGCACCUGUCCAAGGUGUUCAAGGUGGGGAACAAAACCAAGGAAGCUGUACGGGACCUGACCCUGAACAUGUACGAAGGGCAAAUCACAGUGCUCCUGGGGCACAAUGGUGCUGGGAAGACGACGACUUUGUCCAUGCUCACAGGACUGUAUCCUCCAACAAGUGGCCAAGCAUACAUCAAUGGCUAUGAGAUCUCCCAGGACAUGAAUCUGAUUCGAAAAAGCCUUGGCCUCUGCCCUCAGCAUGACGUCCUCUUUGACCAAAUGACAGUGGAAGAGCACCUGUACUUCUACUCUGGGUUGAAAGGUUUUCCUGCAGAGAAAUGUCUAGAGGAGAUUAACCGCAUCCUGCACAUCCUCAGCCUACAGGAGAAACGCUUCUCUCUGUCUAAAGCAUUGUCUGGGGGGAUGAAACGGAAGCUCUCCAUUGGCAUCGCACUCAUUGGAGACUCCAAAGUGGUGAUGCUAGACGAGCCAACCUCAGGCAUGGAUCCAGUUUCUCGCCGGGCCACCUGGGAGCUUCUGCAGCAGCAGCGGAGCACCCGCACCAUCCUGCUCACCACACACUUCAUGGACGAAGCAGAUCUGCUGGGCGACCGCAUUGCGAUUAUGGCUAUGGGGGAGCUCCAGUGCUGUGGGUCUUCACUCUUUCUCAAGCAUAAAUACGGUGCAGGAUACCACAUGGUGAUGGUGAAGGAGCCGUGCUGCAACCUUGGCGAAAUCUCCCGUCUCAUCUAUCACUAUGUGCCCAACGCCACCCUGGAGAGCAACGCUGGGGCGGAGCUGUCCUUCAUCCUUCCCAAAGAGAGUACGCACAGGUUUGAGGCUCUGUUCACAGAGUUGGAGUUACGCCGGGAAGAGCUGGGCAUUGCCAGUUACGGAGCCUCAGUCACCACUAUGGAGGAAGUUUUUCUCAGAGUUGGCAAGCUGGUUGAUUCCAGCAUGGACAUCCAAGCCAUCCAGCUGCCAGCUUUGCAGUACCAGCAUGAACGGCGAUCCAACGACUGGGCCAUGGACGACUCCAGCAGCCUGAGUGGGAUGACUGACAUGACGGAUGACAGCGGGGCUCUGAUCACGGAAGAUUGCUCCAACAUCAAGCUGAACACGGGGUUCUACCUCUGCUGCCAGCAGUUCUAUGCCAUGUUUAUGAAGAGGGCUGUCUACAGUUGGCGCAACUGGAAGAUGGUGGCAGCGCAGUUCCUGGUGCCUCUGAUCUUCACUGCCUUCGCCCUAGUUGUGGCCAAGACCUUUCCAGGCCCACGAGACUCUUCCCUGCUCAAGAUGACCUUAAAUCCGUAUGGACACACUACAGUGCCCUUUUCUGUCUCCCAAGAAUCCACCCUGGCCCAGAGACUAGGAGAGCAGUAUAAGGAUAUCGUGAACUCUCAGCACCAAGGGCCACUGGAGGUAGUGGGUGACCUGCAGGAAUACCUGAUUUCUCGAGCUGCUGAAGAAGGGGGAGCCUUCCACGAGCGCUACAUUGCGGCAGCUUCCUUUGAAGAAACCGGGGAUCUAGUGAAGGUGACGGCUCUCUUCAACAACCAGGCGUUCCACUCGUCUGCCGCAGCCCUUCUCCUGGUUGACAACGCCCUGCUGAAGCUGCUGGUUGACCCCAAUGCUUCCAUCUCCGUGGCUAACUACCCACAGCCCCGCAACACAACAGAGACCGCGAAGGACCAGCUCAUGGAAGGCCAGACGGGUUUCGCCAUUGCAAUCAACUUGCUCUAUGGAAUGGCGUCGUUGUCCAGCACCUUCGCUCUCCUGCUCGUCAGCGAGAGGGCCAUCAAGGCCAAGCAUGUCCAGUUCGUCAGCGGGGUCUAUGUCGUCAAUUUCUGGCUCUCAGCCCUCCUGUGGGACCUCAUCAACUACCUCACGCCCUGUGUGCUCAUGCUGGUGAUAUUCCAAGCCUUUGACGUGAAAGCCUUCACCCAGGACAACCACCUUGUUGAUGUGAUGCAGAUCUUCCUCCUUUACGGCUGGGCCACAAUCCCCCUCAUGUAUCUGCUCAGCUUCUUCUUCUCUGUGGCUUCUACAGCCUACACACGCCUCACCAUCUUCAACAUCUUCUCAGGGACAGCCACCUUCCUGGCAGUCACUAUCAUGAGCAUUCGAGAACUUGGAAUGGUGGAUCUCUCAAGGAUGCUGGAUAAAGUCUUCUUAAUCCUGCCCAAUUACUGCUUGGGACAAAGCAUCAGCAAAUUCUACCAGAACUAUGAGUUCAUUCAGUUCUGCACCUCCUCGAUCGAGUCUCUCCUUGUCUGCAAAGUGUUUAAUAUUACUUUCCAAACCAAUUACUUUGCAUGGGAGAGCCCUGGGAUUGGCAAAUACUUGACUGCCAUGGCUGUACAGGGGCUUGUGUUCCUCAUCCUCCUCUUCCUCAUUGAGACCAACCUCCUUUGGAGACUGAAGAACCUUGUCUGCAACGUGCAUCGGAGGCGGAAGUGGGUGAUGCUGCUGAACAGAGUCCCCGUCCUUCCAGAAGACCGGGAUGUUGCAGAUGAGAGGAAGAAGGUUUUGGAGUCACCAACAUCAUCCCUUUCAUCACUGAACAGUCCCUUAGUCAUCAAGGAGCUUACCAAGGUGUACAGCAACAGGGACUCAUGCCUGGCUGUGGACAGAAUAUCCUUGGCAGUCAACAAAGGCGAGUGUUUUGGGCUUCUUGGCUUCAACGGGGCAGGGAAGACCACCACAUUCAAGAUGCUGACGGGGGAUGAGAGCAUCACAUCGGGAGAUGCCUAUGUGGAUGGGCACAGCAUCCUGGCCAACAUCAAAAAGGUCCAGCAGCGGAUUGGCUACUGCCCUCAGUUUGAUGCCCUUUUGGAUCACAUGACCGGGAGGGAGACCUUGAGCAUGUACGCCCGGCUGCGAGGGAUCCCCGAGCGCUACAUUGGCAGCUGUGUGGAGAACAUGCUCCGAGGCCUGCUCUUAGAGCCACAUGCGAACAAGCUCAUCAGGACGUACAGCGGCGGCAACAAGCGGAAACUGAGUGCGGGGAUAGCCCUGAUUGGUGGCCCCCCUGUCAUCUUCCUGGAUGAGCCCUCUACCGGCAUGGAUCCUGUUGCCAGGCGCUUACUGUGGGAUGCAGUUGCCAGGACGCGGGAGUGCGGGAAGUCCAUCAUUAUCACUUCACACAGUAUGGAAGAAUGUGAGGCUUUGUGCACCCGGCUGGCCAUCAUGGUGAAUGGGCAGUUCAAAUGCCUGGGUAGCCCGCAGCAUCUGAAGAGCAAAUUUGGCAGUGGGUACACCCUGCUGGCAAAAACCCACAGCGAUGAUGAGGAAAACCUUCAGGCCUUCAAAACAUUUGUGGAGAAGACUUUCCCAGGGAGCAUCCUGAAGCAUGAACAUCAGAGCAUGGUCCAUUAUCACCUCACCAACAAGAACCUCAGCUGGGCACAGGUGUUUGGGGCACUAGAGAAAGCCAAAGAGAAGUACAGCGUGGAGGAUUAUUCCGUCAGCCAAAUCUCCUUGGAGCAAGUCUUCAUGAGCUUCACCCGUUUCCAGCACUACACAGAGGAUCAAGGGAAAUGAGGCGGAGCCCCUCUGCCUGCUCCGCACGGACUGACCCUGCUGCCUAUACAUAGUAUAUAUAGAGACAGUAAUUUAUAUUAUCAGCCAUGUCUUCAACAAUGCAUCAAAAGGACAGACAUUCUCAACGAAGCAGUGGGGG